AUGAUGUCGAUGAUGAUCGAUGAUCAUCCGGUACCGAAGUCAUACCGUAUGCCAAUUAAGGGUCUCAGUUCGACCAGUGGCAGUGGCAGUUACUAUCACUGUGAGGCAGCAUACGGUUCUGAGGGAGGCGAUGAUAAAGUAGAUAUACCUGGCUUCUACAGGGGUGAGGCACCUUGA